ACCAAAACUUUGAAAACCAUGGAUGAGAUGCUGAAGGCCUUGGUGUGCGAGGAUCAGGAGCCCAACCUUCUGGUGCUGCAAAUCAUCUUGAAGGUCCUGCUCCCCUGGACCACAUCCAGGGAGGUACAUGAGCGGCUGAGGGCAGUGGGAAGGAUCAGGUGGCUGAUGGAAUUCAUGGGGUCUCAGUGCAAAUUCCAGGAAGUGGAGGAGUUCAGAGUCCUGGGCCAGCUGGUGGGGUGUCUCACUCUGUGCUGUGUGGAGCAGGAGCAGGAGAUCUGGCAAUCGGCUGUGGAGGGACUUCACCACCUCUUCUCCUUCAUGCAGCUGCUAAAAUCCAAAAUGCUGGUGAAGCACGGCGCAGAGUAUCGGCAGAUCCUCAAGGACAGUCAAACUGAGAGAGCCUUCUGGGUCACCAACAUCAGCAAUAUCACAUCGCUGUUUGGGAAGUACUUCAACCCAUCCGAGAGCAUGGACUUCCUCCUCGUUGCUAUCGACGGCGUGAGAGACUCCAGCGUCCAUGACGCAGUGACGGCCAGGAACAUGCUGCAUAAGAUCCUGGAGGUUCCCGGCCUAGGCUUGGUGAGGUGUUGCUGCGGAGAUGUGGAAGAUGCUGACAUCCCAGCCCAAGAGCACAGAAAAGAUCCUUAG